AUGCCUACUUUAUUGCUCAUCUGCCUAUUGUCAUGUGGACUUGCGACUGUGACCAGCCAAGGUGUAGCUUGCCAAGGGCAGGCCGACAUUUUGUUCAUCCUGGAUUCCUCUUCGAGCAUUUCUCGCGCCAGUUACAACACAAUGAUCAAUUUUGUCAUAAAUGUCACUCGCAAUUUUUACAUCGGACCCAACACCGUACAGUUCGCUGCCGUUGUCUUUGGUAGCGCCCCUUAUUUGCAGUUCAACUUUAACAUUUUUACAGAUCAUCUGGCACUUGAACAGGCCCUGCAUCGAAUGGCAUAUCUAGCGCAAACUUCUGACACAGACAAGGCACUGCAGCUAGCAAGAGAACAUAUCUUUACCCUAGCCCACGGGUCCCGACCUUAUGUACCUAAGAUUGCAGUUACCAUCACCGACGGGCCAUCCACAAAUCCAUUGAGAACGGCGGCGGAAGCAAAAAAGCUAAAGGAUGCUGGUAUUCAAAUGAUCGCUAUUGAUGUUGGAACCCUGCUCAAUCAGGAACUACAAGCAUUGGCGUCUACUUCCAACGAUGUGUUUACAGUUGCCGACUUCGAUCAGUUGUAUAGCAUCCAGAGCAGCAUCACCAGCAGGACUUGUGCCAAAAUUAACCCAUCUAAAGAUGCAUACGUCACGUGCAAUGUCACACAGAAAGCAGACAUACUGUUUAUCUUGGAUGCAUCUGGAAGUAUUGGAACUGCAAAUUUUUCUGUGAUGCUAAAUUUUUUAGUGGAUAUCACACGCAACUUCAACCUUGGACCCGAUGGAAUACAGUUUGCUUCUAUUGUCUUUGGAACAGAUGCACAGGAAGUGUUUGAUUUCACAACCUAUAACAAUCAGGCAAAUUUAGAGAGGGGAAUUCUCAGUACGCCCUACAUAGAAGGCUGGACCUACACGGACAAAGCUUUACGUCUGGCCAGGGAACAAAUGUUUUCAAGAGCCAAAGGAUCUCGACCAGAUGUUCAGAAAAUAGCAAUAGUUUUCACAGAUGGUCAGUCAAAUAAUAAAACAGCAACACAAGAACAGUCUACACUGCUAAAAAACUCUGGCGUGCUAGUUCUGUCUGUUGGUAUAGGAAGCGGAGUGGAUCAAGCUGAACUCCAAACUAUUGCCUCGGUGCCCGGUGACGUGUUUGAGGUCUCAGACUUUAACGUUCUCAACACCAUACAGAAGGAGGUCACCAACAGAACUUGUCAACAAGCUCCAGCCUGUGAUGCCAAAGCAGACAUUUUGUUUAUCCUGGAUUCCUCUGACAGCAUUAACAUUAACAACUACAAUGAAGUGCUAGACUUUGUUGUGAACCUGACACGCAGUUUUAAUGUCGGACCCCAAGCGUUUCAGUUCGCCAACGUUAUUUUCAGUGAUGCUGCCCAAGAAGCAUUCGACUUUACGAAACACACCAAUCACACAAGUCUGGAGCAG